UCUCAUCAUAUCCAUAAACCAGUUCUCCAAUGGCUGCUGCUGCUGCAUCUUCUCUUCUUUUCUUCUCUUCUCCAUCAUCGUCAUCGUCAUCAUCUUCCACCUCUCUCACUCCUCCCUCACGCCUCUCUCUCUCCUCCACCUUCUCCAUCUCCCCUUCUCUUCACUCUAUAUCAUCAGCAUCAAAGAAUUCAACUUUCCGGCGGGCCAGCGCCGCUCCGGCGGGGGCUGUCAUCAUCAAGGCCGAGAAGAAGAAUGUGCUUAUAGUUAACACCGACAGCGGAGGCCACGCCAUUAUCGGCUUCUACUUCGCCAAGGACCUUCUGGCCUCCGGCCAUGGUGUCACCAUCAUGACUGUUGGCCAAGAAAGCUCGGACAAGAUGAAGAAGCCCCCUUUUAACAGAUUUUCAGAAAUAGUGAAUGCAGGAGGGAAGACAGUGUGGGGAGAGCCAGCAGAUGUCGGGAAGGUAUUGGAGGGUGCUUCAUUUGAUGUGGUGCUCGACAACAAUGGCAAAGAUUUGGAGGCCGUCAGGCCUGUGGCGGAUUGGGCAAAGGGAUCUGGGGUGAAGCAAUUUAUGUUCAUCAGCAGUGCCGGGAUUUACAAACCAACAGACGAACCGCCACACCUCGAAGGGGAUGCCGUCAAAGCAGACGCCGGCCAUGUGGGAGUGGAGAAAUACAUCUCAGAGAUCUUCGACAACUGGACAUCGUUCCGCCCUCAGUACAUGAUUGGCUCUGGCAACAACAAAGAUUGCGAGGAAUGGUUCUUUGAUCGGAUAGUUCGAGGCAGGCCGGUGCCCAUUCCCGGGUCCGGGAUGCAACUAACCAACAUAGCCCAUGUCCGGGACUUGUCAUCGAUGCUGAUCUUGGGGGUUGAAAAGCCAGACGCUGCAGGGGGCCGGAUCUUCAACUGUGUGAGCGAUCGGGCUGUGACGCUCGACGGCAUGGCCAAAUAUUGUGCCAAAGCUGCAGGACUACCUGUUGAGAUAGUGCAUUAUGAUCCAAAAGCAGUCGGAGUUGACUCAAAGAAAGCCUUCCCCUUCCGCAACAUGCAUUUCUAUGCAGAGCCAAGAGCUGCAAAGGAGAUUCUGGAAUGGAGUGGAACCACGAAUCUUCCCGAGGAUCUGAAGGAGAGAUUCGAGGAGUAUGUCAAGAUUGGUAGAGAUAAGAAAGACAUCAAAUUUGAGAUAGAUGACAAGAUCCUAGCAGCGCUAAAAGUGGCUGUAGCGGCAUGACUAUAGUUUUGAGCAAAGAAAUUUUGCUAUUUCGAUAUAUCCUCAGGAACGAUAACUAAAUCCCAACCAGUUGAUGUAUUAUUCUUUUCUUUUAAGCUUAAUAGCAACAAACUUUAAAGAUCAUUUUUAAUGGCAAAAGGACACAAUUUUUCUCUA